AUUCGCUGUCGAGUCGCGGACGCGAAUGGAUGUAGUAGCUAUUUGUUUCUACUAUUUCCUUCGAUAUAAUAUAAUCUAGUAUAUAGAUACCACUGACAAUCGGGAAAUCGCGUGUGGGCCAGUGAAAAAUCAAGGUUAUAUCUGAGGCAACCAAGUGAAAUGAACAAAAUAUGGACCGUUGCAGUGCUGGUGAUUUACCUAGGAAGUAGCGUGACACCCCUGGAGAAUGGUCUCGCCCGAACACCUCCAAUGGGCUGGCUGGCAUGGGAGAGGUUCAGGUGCAACACAGAUUGUAAGAAUGAUCCCGAAAACUGUAUAAGUGAGAACCUUUUCAAGACCAUGGCAGACAUCGUCGUGAAUGAAGGUUAUGCCGAUGCAGGCUACGAGUACAUCAAUGUCGAUGAUUGUUGGUUGGAAAAGGAGAGGAACUCUUACGGGCAACUCGUUGCUGAUAGAACAAGAUUUCCGACUGGAAUGAAAUCGUUAUCAGAAUAUAUCCACUCGAAGGGCCUCAAGUUCGGCAUCUACGAGGACUACGGCAACUACACGUGCGCGGGCUACCCGGGCGUGCUGGGCUUCCUGCAGCGCGACGCAGACACCUUCGCCUCCUGGGACGUGGACUACGUGAAGCUGGACGGGUGCUACGCGCAUCCCAUCGACAUGGACGUCGGGUACCCCGAGUUCGGGUUCCACCUGAACAGGACCGGCCGGCCCAUGAUCUACUCGUGCAGCUGGCCCGUCUACCAGAUCUACGCUGGCAUGCAGCCGAACUUCACCUCCAUCAUCGAGCACUGCAACGUGUGGAGGAACUUCGACGAUAUCCAGGACUCGUGGGCGAGCGUCGAGAGCAUCAUCGAUUACUACGGCAACAAUCAGGACGUAAUAGUGCCGAACGCCGGGCCAGGACAUUGGAACGAUCCUGAUAUGUUGAUAAUUGGAAACUUUGGUCUCAGCUAUGAACAAAGCAAAACCCAGAUGGCAUUAUGGGCCAUACUAGCAGCACCUCUUCUGAUGUCGGUAGAUUUGAGAAAUAUAAGGCCAGAAUACAAAGCCAUUUUACAAAACAAGAAAAUUAUAGCUGUGGAUCAAGAUCCCUUGGGAAUACAAGGAAGAAGAAUAUACAAGCACAAAGGCAUCGAAAUAUGGUCAAGGCCUAUAACGCCUCUAUUCCAGAAUUAUUUCUCUUAUGCCAUAGCCUUCAUCAAUAGGAGAACAGACGGGACACCAUCUGAUGUAGCUGUAACGCUCAAAGAGUUGGGGCUAACAUCACCUACGGGAUACAGAGUAGAAAAAAUCAAGCUAGUUACUGAAAGGCUCUGGAAAUCACACGUUGAGGCACUUGGGUUGCGUGCAAGAUUCUAUCAGACGAUCGACCCUGGAGAUAAAACAUGGAAACACAACCUCACUCUUCUUAUUUGUUCACAGACGGAAGAUUGA